AUGGCUGGAAUUCCGUUACAUAAAAGCUAUAACUUAGCAGUUGUCGAAACAGGUGGAUAUGAGAAUUUGACAUGCAUUGAAAGAGAUUGUAGAAACUAUGUUGAAAAGCUUAGACGGUUACGAUUAGGGGAAGGAGAUGCGGCUGCAAUACAAUCUUAUUUUUCAAAAAUGCAAGCAAAUUGCCCUGGUUUUUUCUUUAGUAUCAAUUUAGAUGAAGAGUCUCGAUUGAGAAAUGUGUUUUGGGCCGAUAAUAGGUGCAGAGAAGCAUAUAAGGAGUUUGGUGAUAUUGUGACCUUUGACACCACAUACCUCACAAAUAAAUAUGAUAUGCCAUUCGUCCCUUUUGUUGGGGUGAAUCAUCACGGACAAUCUACGUUGCUCGGAUGUGGGUUAGUGUCAAGUGAGGAUACAGAGACGUUUGUUUGGCUAUUUAGGACAUGGUUUCAAUGCAUGCAAGGCCAGGUGCCUAAUGGAAUAAUUACGGACCAACACAGGGCUAUGCAAAAUGCAAUCCAAAUAGUAUUGCCGAAUACCAAACAUAGAUGGUGUUUGUGGCAUAUAUUGAAGAAGUUGCCUGAAAAAUUUGGCAACCAUGUUCAAAAGGGCAUUAUAUUUUCAACUAUACAUGAACUAGUUUAUGAUUCGCAAACUCCGGAAGAAUUCGAACAAGGUUGGAUUAAGAUGGUUGAAGAACAUGAAUUGCUUGAUAAUGAUUGGUUGGUGAGACUCUACAUUGAUAGAAGCCGUUGGGUUCCUUGUUUCUUGAAAACAUCGUUUUGGGCAGGUAUGUCAACAACCCAACGCAGUGAGAGUAUAAAUGCAUUCUUCGAUGGGUUUGUCCAUUCAAAAACAUCAUUGAAGCAGUUUGUUGAACAAUAUGAGCGGGCACUAAAGAAUAAGGUUGAGAAGGAGUUUCAAACAGAUUUUCGAUCAUUCUCGCAAAUGGUUCCAUGUAUUACACCAUAUCAAUUUGAAAAACAGUUCCAAUUAGUUUACACUAUAUCAAAAUUCAGGGAAUUUCAAGAAGAAAUCAACAAAAAGAUGUAUUGUGACAUUAUAGCUGUCGACGAUGAAUGUUCGGGAACGACGUAUAAGGUACAAGAGGAUGUUGUAGUUGGUGGGGGUGUGAAGAGAAAAAAAUUUACCAUUUUAUUUCAGAGGGAUAGUUGUGAAUUUAUUUGUAGCUGUCACCUAUUCGAGUUUGUGGGAAUUAUUUGCCGGCAUGCUAUCACAGUAUUAAUUUGUAAUAACGUAAAAUCACUUCCUGAAAAGUAUAUAUUAAGGAGGUGGAAGAGAGAUGUAACUAGAUGCCACACGAGGGUUGCAAUUAACUAUGAUGGGUGGAUUAAUAGUCCUGGGCAGUUAAGAUAUGACCAAUUGUGCAAAGCUUUUACCGACGUAGCUGAUCUUGCAGCAUAUGAUGAAGGUCGUACAGAAAAGCUUAUGGAGUGGAUUCAAUUUAAAAAAAAUGAGCUUUCCACCUCGAAGUCAAUUAGUGGACGUAAUCAUCUAUUUCAAGCGAUUGUUCAUGCAAGCUCCGACGAGAGAAUGAUGGAGAAUGCUUUAAGCGAGAAUAUAUUAGAUCCUAAUUGCUCAAGAAGUAAGGGAAGGCCUAAGAAGCUUAGAAAAAAGGGCCCGUUAGAGUCGAAAUCAAAAAGAGAUAAGGCCAUCCGUGGAGGUGCUGAUGUUGUGAUUGCAGUUGGGGGUGAUGAACUCUUCAUGAGAACACCCAUUUGCCCACCCCUAAUGACAAGGGGAGGCGGGAAUGGGCCAAUAACGAAGGGGAGACACAGGAGGCCGGCACUCAAACAAGGCAAGGGGGAGGCAAUGACAACAGUGUGGACGAGCGGAGCAGGAGCUACGAGGCAGUCGAUGACUCGACGACGGUGGGGCGGUGGCAAUGAUGAUGAGGAGAGUAAGAGCCCGGAGGAGGUUAACGAUGACAAGUCAGCCGUCGGCGACGAUCAAUCGAUGACGAAGAGAGCAAGCAAAGUAGAGGAGGCGGCGGUCCAGGCCGUCUAG